GCACGAGAAUACUUAAGAUGCAUCUAAAGAUCUAUCACCCGGCCAACUCUCGUGUCGCAGUUGGUCUUCGUAUAUAAUAUGAAACCCUAUUGAUAUGAGUUCCCCUGCAGGUCGUCAUACAGACGUGCUCUCCUUCGCUUUUGAAGGCUCCGCCGAUUACGAUGAACAUCGACCACUCUACAUUGAUGCCAAAAAUCCCGCGUCUUGUCUCAAUGCCUCUCAGCUAAGGCGUCUGGUUCGGACUUUGAUUGCAGGCCUGAGAUGCUAUAUCAAACGGGGAGAUUGCGUGAUGAUCCACCUUGAAAACAAUUAUGUUUAUUCAGCACUUUACUUUGCCAUUAUCGGCGCCGGGGGUGUAUACAUAGGCGCCAGCCCCGACAGCUCACCUCAUGAAAUCAUGAGUUUCCUCGAUCUGGGAGAGCCAAAGCUAAUUAUCACGUCGAAUCGAACCCUCCAGGCCAUCCUGGACAUCUCAUCAAGCAAGGGUUUCUCUUCUAAACAGGUCUGUCUCUUUGACGAGCCAACCAUCUCCAACUUCUUACAGUCGAAUCCCAAUGACCCAUCUGAUGCCGCACAUCUCACAAUAGAUCAUCUUCUCUCCCACGGCGAAGGCGACUGGAACAGAAUUGAUGACGAAUCCCUCUCCAAAACCACCCCAGCAGCCAUCUACUGCACCAGUGGCACCAGCGGACUGCCAAAAGCGGCCGUUCUUUCGCACUAUGCUAUCAUCUCCCAGCAUCUCAAUAUUCAUUACGAGGUCCCGUAUCAUGUCCGCAGACUGCUUGUUGUCCCAAUGUACCAUCGGUUCGGCGCUCUGUGGCACACAUUCCCGAUCCGUCAGGGCGAGCCCGCCUACCUGCUGCCCAAAUUCGACGUAGUCCAGUUCCUUAAGGCUGCCCAUCGCCACCAGAUAACCGAUACAUACAUUGUCCCAGCAAUGGUCCACAUCUUGAAUCUGACCACUCAGCCCGCGAAGGAGCUUCUAUCAUCUAUGCGCCUUGUAGACGUCGCAGGUGCCCCCAUAGACACCGCAUCAAUGCACAAGUUCCAAACAUUGCUGCACAAAGAUGGAACCGUAUCUCAAAGCUGGGGCAUGACAGAAACUGGCCCAGUCUUCUUAAACAAAUACGGCGAGCCACACGACAAAGCCAGCAUCGGCAAACUCGUCGGCACAAAUGAGGUUAAGCUACUCGACGACCAUGACAACAUCAUAAGUGACGACGAAAGUCCCGGCGAGCUCUGCAUCCGAGGCUCCGGUCUCCUGACCACCUACCAGAGACGCUCCGACGGGAAAGACGAACAGGGCUGGUUCCGGACCGGAGACGUCGCCUAUCGAAACAACGGAUCCUACUUCCUCUUCGGCCGGACCAAAGAGAUUAUCAAAGUCCGAGGAUAUCAAGUCGCCCCAGCAGAGAUAGAAAGCGUCCUCCUAACGCACCCGGACAUCACCGACGCCGCCGUCCUGGGUGUCCAAUCCAGCGACAAGACCACCGAGGUCCCCCGCGCCUACGUCGUGCGAUCACAGUCACCCUCCGGGACCAAGAUAAGCAUAGACGAGAUCUACCGGUUUGCGCAGGCCCGCUUGGCAGGCUACAAAGCCCUAGAUGGCGGCGUGGUGUUCGUCACGGAUAUUCCUCGCACCGCAAGUGGGAAGAUUCAGCGGGCUAAGUUGGGGCAGAUGAAUGCUCAACGCGAUAGGAUUGCCCAGAUCCUUUCUCGUAGGGUCACGGAGGUGGUUGUUUAGUUGGUUGGUAUCUAGGGCUUUUGGGGGGGCGGCUACACCAUCAUGAUUUUGCUGCAGUAAGUUACGUUGGGAUUUGGUUUUGCAGAGAGACUGGGGUUUAAAUUGCAAUAUAGGCAGUCAGUUGUUGGAGCAGGAAAACAGAACAGAGUGAUAAUCUGUCAAUACUACAGUGGCACAGCCAUCGUAGAUCUCCAUCGCAGGAACUGAAUAACUGAAUCAUGCAUAGAGCUAGCUCUCUUUUCAUCGCAGUCUAAUCAUAAUCAGAAGUCCCCCGUCAAAGCACCUGAUGCUGACACGAGGUGCAUACCUUUAUUAGAUAACACAACAACAG